AUGGUCAAGAAAAUUACAACCAAAAGCCAAGUCGUGUCAUUAUUAGAGAAGUAUGACUAUUUCUUGUUCGAUUGUGAUGGUGUCAUCUGGCUUGGUGACCAUUUAUUACCCUCUGUUGUCGAGACCUUACAGCUAUUGAAGGACGCGGGAAAGAUUGUUAUUUUCGUCACCAACAACUCUACAAAGUCUAGGGAUGAUUACCUCCAUAAGUUUGAGAAGUUGGGAAUUCAAGGAAUCACCAAAGAUGAAGUGUUCGGAUCCUCCUAUGCUUCUGCGGUGUAUGUCGAUAAGAUUCUUAAGCUUCCUAAGGAUAAGAAAGUCUGGGUUUUAGGUGAAGCAGGCAUUGAAACAGAGCUCAAACAGUUAGGAUACAAUACACUUGGUGGGGCUGAUCCCGAUUUAAACUCAAAUGGUGUUGUUUUCAAUCCGGAACAUAAGCAGUUGAAUGAGUUGGACGACUCUGUUGGGGCUGUUGUAGCUGGGUUAACGUUGAACUUGAAUUAUCUCAAACUUUCCAUCACUAUGCAAUAUCUAUUAAAAGAUGAUAAAUCGAUUCCGUUCGUCGCUACAAACAUCGAUUCGACUUUCCCUUCGAAGGGUAAGCUCCUUAUCGGAGCAGGAUCAAUUAUCGAAACUGUUUCGUAUGCAAGUGGGAGACAACCUGAUGCUAUUUGUGGUAAACCAAACCAAUCCAUGAUGAACUCAAUUAAGGCCGACAACCCGGGUUUGGCUGAAGCGCCAGGGAGAGGUCUUAUGAUCGGUGAUCGUUUGAACACUGACAUGAAGUUCGGUCGUGAUGGCGGAUUAGACACAUUACUAGUGCUCACUGGCAUUGAAAAGGAGGAGACGGUCAAGUCAUUGGAUAGUUCUACCGCGCCCACUUACUAUGCCGAUAAGCUUGGUGAUCUCUUUGAACUUACCUGUUAG